AUAUGUUGCAUUUCGACGAUGGCCUUCAAAUAAUAUCACGAAUCACACCGCCUAAACCGUAUUCCCCACUAGAGGGAGUUGGGGUUUAGGGUUUCGAACUUUCAACUUCAACUUCCAAAACUUUUUUUAGGUCUUUUGUCGUCCCAUUUGGGCGUCUCUAUUCCAAAAUACUUUGGGGAGGGAAAAAUCAAAUUCCCAAGUCCCCUCGCCUCUCUAAUUCUCUGAUCCAAUCGAUCAGUUCGAAGCAGAGCUCGACCAUUUUCUCAAGUUGAGAUAUAUCUUUCUUUGAAGUCAUGAAUACCACUGUGCAUAGAACUCCCAACUCCGGGAGCCGUUCAUUGUUCUACCAAGAUUUAGCAUCUCCUGUUACGACACGGAAAGGAAAAUUUUCAACUCCAGGCCAGGCAGCUGCUGUUUCUGCUUUAUGGCGGGAGAAUUUUGGAAACUCAGAUCUUCCUCCUCCUCCGGUUUUCACUUUGGAAGACCGCUCGGUUUCAGAUUUUUCUCCCGAAUCUGGGAUUCCUGAUUAUCCUGUUUCCCCAGAAACUAAAUCAGACCCCAGGACCCCUAUCCGAAGGCAUGACUUCUCUUCGCCGACGAAAAACAAGUCAAAUGCCAGCACUUCUUAUACACCAAUCAAUGGACAACCAAGCCGGCAGGGAUCGGCUGGCUUUAGUUGGUGGUCAACAUCGAAAGGUGGUGGGAGCGAGCGAGAAGAUAAGGGAAAAAGUUCACCAGUCGAAGGUGUGAUUCAACCUGGUGCAUUAAUCACACUUCCAACCCCGAGGGAAGUUGCCAGACCGGAGGUGGAAAGAAAUUGCUUGCCUUUAGCAAAACUGAAUGAGGAGGAAUGGGUUACUGUCUAUGGAUUUUCCCCUGCUGAUACAAAUCUAGUUUUGAGGGAGUUUGAGAAAUGCGGUGAGAUCUUGAAACACCUUCCUGGUCCAAGAGAUGCUAAUUGGAUGCACAUUCUUUAUCAGAACCGAUCUGAUGCCCAGAAGGCUCUCAAUAAAAAUGGUAUUCAAAUUAAUGGGGUGCUAAUUGUUGGUGUGAAACCAGUGGACCCAAUGCAUCGGCAGGCACUAGAUGAAAAAUUAAACAAUCCGGGAUUCAUGGUUAUCCCACCGGUAUCUUCUCGAACCUCAGAACUCCUUGCAACGAGAGGACCCAUGCUUCCCUACAGUCUUCAAAAUGGUAACACUAGUGCACGGCACUCAGGAGGUGCCAUCGCUUCACCAUCAAAAUCAUUAGUAUCUAAGGUGAUGGAUUUGAUGUUUGGAGUCUAAGCUCCUCCUCGACUUCGUGUGGCAAGUAAUUCCUUGAAAUUUGAGAGCUUACACAUUGAUUAGGCGUGAUAUUUUAUGGACUCUUAUAACUGUGUGCAAUGUUCACAUUUCACCGUC